CCUCGGUUCAAUCUACUAACACCGACUUGACAAUGGUCGUCGAUCUCGAUAUGGCUAUGUCUUUCAAGGACGCCCUUGCCAGGCUCGAAAACAGCAGAGUCAGGUCUACCAGGCCCUUGAUUCCUCCACAGAUUCUCCAGGAAGACCAGCCCUUGACUCUCUCGGCAGCCCAGACAGUCCUAAAUGGUCGAUAUGCUACAGAAAACAUCCUCCGGGGUGACGAUGACAGACUCCUGGUCGUCGUAGGCCCCUGCUCUGUCCACAACGUCGAGGCAGCCCUCGAGUACGCCAAACUUCUCAAAGAAUACGCCGACCAGGCCAAAGAUGACCUGCACAUCGUCAUGCGCGUCUACUUCGAAAAACCACGAACUACCGUGGGCUGGAAGGGUCUCAUCAACGACCCCGAUCUCAACGGCAGCUUCCAGAUCAACAAGGGCCUCCGACUUGCUCGCGGCGUCCUCCUCGACAUUGCCAAACUUGGUCUCCCCGCAGGCUGUGAAUUCCUCGACACCAUCACUCCCCAGUACACCGCUGAUCUCGUUUCGUGGGGCGCCAUUGGCGCGCGGACUACCGAGUCGCAAGUUCAUCGUGAACUCACAUCUGCUCUUUCCAUGCCCACGGGUUUCAAGAACUCCACAGACGGAAGUGUGGGGAUUGCCAUCGAUGCUUGUCGCGCGGCACGCACGGGGCACGUUUUCCUCUCCGUCGGAAAGGAGGGUCUGAGCAGCAUUGUCGAGACCACUGGUAACCCUGAUGUUCAUAUCAUCCUCCGUGGAGGUUCCAAAGGACCGAACUAUGAAGCUGAAUACGUCAAAGAGGCCGGCGAGAAGCUCGGAAAAGCUGGUCUUCCGCAAAAGAUCAUGAUUGACUGCAGUCACGGAAACAGCUCUAAGCAACACCAGAGACAGGUGGAAGUCGCCGAGAACAUUGCUCAACAACUUGAAUCAAACGAGGAGACUUCGUCUUUCAUUAUGGGUGUCAUGCUUGAAAGUAACCUCGUCGAAGGACGCCAGGAUAUCCCUGCCUCCGGUCCCAACGGCCUCAGAUACGGCCAAUCCGUCACGGAUGCUUGCAUCUCUUGGGAAACCACUGUCCCGGUCUUGGAUCGCCUCAGGAAGGGUGUGCAAGGCCGCAGAGCCCUCGUAGACAAGUCCUGCAGAAGGAGUGACCGAAGCGUCUAGAUAAUCUGCCUUUGCGUUGCUAAAAUGUAGUAUAUGUAUACCUCUCGCUAUCACACUUGCACCC